AGUCCCGGUUACCUGUCGGCCAUGUCGCGGUGCCACCGGCGCGCGGGGCAGCGGCUCCUGCAGGGGGCGCUGUCCAACGGGGGGCUCUACGUGAAGCUGGGCCAGGGGCUGAGCGCCAUGGACCACCUGCUGCCCCCCGAGGUGACGGGGACCCUGCGGCCGCUCGAGGACAGCGCCAGCCCCCGGGGCCACCAGGAGGUGGACGAGCUGUUCCUGGAGGAUUUCCAGACCACGCCUUCCGGAAUGUUCCGCGACUUCGACUACGAGCCCGUGGCCGCCGCCAGCCUGGCCCAGGUGCACCGGGCGACGCUGCCCGACGGCACCCCCGUGGCUGUCAAGGUGGGACACGAGCUGAAGGGCACGCUGGCGCUGGAGCUGGACUUCGAGAACGAGGCGCGGAACUCGGAGCGCUGCGGGAGGGACCUGGGACACCUGGGGGGGGUGACAGUGCCACGCGUGCACUGGGGACACUGCAGCAAGACCGCAGAGAAGCUGAUCCAGGUUUUCGCCGAGCAGAUUUUCUACACCGGCUUCAUCCACGCGGAUCC